UCGGCGCGAAUUUUAACAGUAGCAUAGAGAAAGUUGUGUUUAAUUAUUUUUUUUAAGUAAUUUAUGUUGCAUAACUAAUUUGUAAAAAUGCAGGAAGCUACAAAUGCUAUAUUACAAAUGCGUUUCCCACAAAAGUUAUGGUAUUUGCUCAAUUUGCAUACUGAUGCAAUAUUAUGGGGUGGUACAGGUCGUACAAUUCUAUUAAACUAUCGAGUUCUCCAGCAUUAUUUAAAAUGCGAUCAUUCUAUCUUCAAAACAACUAACAUCUCCAGUUUUAUAAGACAAUUAAAUUUAUAUGGCUUUCGGAAAGUUACAUCUCAUCUACAGGAUCCUUUGUGUAAUUCCAGUAAUCCUUACAUGCAUGAGUUUAUCCACGAUAACUUUCAGUAUGGUAGACCCGAAUUGCUUAAUAAGAUAACUAGAAAAGCUUUAACUAUGAAACGAGGUUUUAAGCCGAAGAAUUUUGAAAAUUCUGAUCAAAUUAUUUACAUAUCUCCUUUACAAAAGGCACGUCGCGCUUUGCGUUUAGCAUUGAAGAAAGCAGCUCAAGAUUUGCUUGUUUUGAAUUCAUCAAAAGAUUGUAACUCACAAUAUGUUGAUUCGACAGAUGAUUAUUGUGAAGAGGAAGAAAAUAUUGAAUUUGAUUGGCUUAUAACAGACAAUGUUAAUAUGGAACAUCAAAAAGAAUUUACUAAAUCAGGUCUUUUCCUAUUUCCUUUCCUUAACAUAACUUUAUCACUCCAAAUUCCUUUCCUUAUAUUCUUUAUCAAUGUCUUAUUAAAUCCUAUACAGACACUGUUCAAAGUAUCAAUGAAAACUCAAGCACUACAAACUAUGGGUAAGUUAUUGAGUUCACAAAUUUAUACAGAUUUUUUGUUUGAUAGGGACUUGUCACAAGAUGGUCUUCUGGAUUUUUCUGGAAACAUGGACACAUGCCACCCAAACAAUGAAAAUUUUUCAACUCAAUUUCUUAGUAUGCCAGAUCUUGAUGAACCUACUGAAAAGAAAUCUGAUGUUGAAUUAUUAGCUGAGUUUAAUAUUACCAGUGACAUUGAUCAACACGCUAAAAGCAGUGAAGCAUCUCAUGAAUGCAAUUCAUUAAACUGUGUCUUACCAUCAGUAAAUAAUCAGAUUGAUGAUGGUGCAAUGGCCGAGAAAGAUAAUGACAUAAAUCAUUAUCAUGGUGAAUGGGACCAAAUGUUAUAUGAUAUAAUAGAUAAUAAAAGUUCUAACCAAGAAGGUUUAUCUAAUUUUAGGGAACUUUACUCUCAAAUUUCUCAAACUAUUGAUUUAUUAAAUUCUUAA